GCUGAGUUACCAAAAACAUCUCUUUUCCUUAGUGACAUACUAAAUACAAUUUUAAAGCUAAGCUAAAUUGACAUUAAAACAUAAAUGAAACGCAUAGAUUAGCUCAUAGCGGCUGUCGGAUUUUGAGAUGUCCUUUUUUAAUGUGCCUGCUGUGUUUUCAGCGACAGCUAACGUCAUUGUAUCCUAACUUAUUUUUUAAAUACGCCACAGAGUCAAGGCACUGGUGAAACUGAAGAGUGGGACUUCUCUUAUUUAUCCGACCUUUAUUAGUGCGUGAUAAAUUAUGAGUAAAGACUCCAGAAUGAAGGCAUCAGUAAACCAGAAGCUGACAGAGAUGGGGGAACGAGAGAGAUUGAAGGAGUUACUGAGGGCUAAGCUCACUGAGUGUGGAUGGAAGGAUGAGAUGAAAGCUCACUGCAAAGAAGUAAUCAAAGAAAAAGGCUUGGAGCAUGUCACUGUUGAGGACCUGGUGGUGGAGAUCACUCCUAAAGGAAGAGCCUUGGUGCCGGACAGCGUCAAGAAAGAGCUUCUCCACAGAAUAAGAGCCUUCUUAGCUCAGCAUGCCACAUAAUUUAGAUUUUUAACAUUUCCCCAGACCGCCUGCCUAUACUGUCAUGAUAUAGAAUGUUUGAAAUUAAAUUAUCUAUUGAAUCUUAAAGAUUUUUUAAUAAUUAAUAUUAUCAUGAAUUUUCAGUGACACAAGCUUGGCAGUUUGUUUGCGUGGUUUUACUAAAUUACCUUGCACAUUUAGUGUUCCUUUAUAAAAGAGUUAUGCUGAAUGAAUAAAGCUUUGGAUGUAUUAAACAACAAUAAUUUUUAAUAUUGUAAAACAUAAUAAAAAAAAGUAAAAAAAACAAUACA